UUUAGUGUUGUUUGGGGCCUGAGAUGACAGGAUUUUGGUGUCUAAGAAGAGGAUUUCUGCCCCAUACAGGGGGUUUUCCAUCACACACAGAUCAAGAAUGCUGAAGACACGAUGGAUCCCCUAGUUCAUCUGAGCCCGUUGAGAGUCCGCAUCUCUGCUCUCCCGCACCACACGCGCCCACCUCGUCCCUGGGCACCCAAGCCUGUGCCGUUUUCCUUCUCCAGCAAGCUUCAGUAGACUUUUCACACCGACACACGGGAGAAAGGUAAACCCUUCCUGUGUAAAUAUGACUGGAUGGAGGUCUCAGUGGCGUCUGGUCCUACUGAACUCGCUGACAUGUGGCCUGGAGAUCUGCGUGGCAGCUGGGAUCACCUACGUGCCGCCUCUGCUGCUGGAAGCUGGCGUGGAGGAACAGUAUAUGACGAUGGUUUUAGGUAUUGGACCUGUUCUGGGACUUCUCUUCAUCCCCCUGAUUGGCUCAGCCAGCGAUCACUGCAACAGUAGCUACGGCCGGCGUCGACCCUUCAUAUGGCUGCUGUCGUUGGGAGUUCUCAUAGCCCUUUUGAUCAUACCACAUGCUGACGUUUUGGCCGCCAACCUGAGCUGGGGUAGCACCCGCCGCAACCAGGCUCUCCAGGUGGGCCUGCUCAUCCUAGGCGUGGGCCUUUUAGACUUCUGCGGGCAGGUGUGCUUUACACCACUGGAGGCGUUACUCUCGGACCUCUACCGCGAACAGGACGACUGCGGACAGGCUUUCGCCAUGUUCUCCUUUAUGGUUAGCCUUGGAGGUUGCGUGGGCUACCUGCUACCCGCCCUGGACUGGAGCGGUGGGCUCCUGUCCUUCUACCUGGGUGGUCAGGCUGAGUGCUUGUUCUCCCUCCUCAUCCUCAUCUUCGUGGUCAGCGUGUUAGUCACCAUGAAAGUAUCAGAGGAACCCUCGUCCACCAUGGAACCGGGACCGUCGGAGCCCGGGCGGUGUUUUCCGCGCUCGUGCUGCUAUCUGUUUCAGUGUAAGCUGCGGGUUCUUAAGUCUGGCCCGCUCAUGUGCCUGCUGAGGACUUGCUGGUCCAUGACACCGGUCAUUUAUCGCAGCUACUGCCACGUGCCGCGCGUCAUGCGACAGCUGUGUUUGGCGCAGCUCUGCAGCUGGAUGGGUGUCAUGUCCUUCAUGCUCUUCUACACAGAUUUCGUCGGCGAGGGACUGUACGAAGGAGUUCCCAGCGCUGCUCCGGGAACCGCUCUCCGGCAACGUUAUGAUGAAGGUAUCCGUAUGGGCAGCCUGGGCCUGUUCCUGCAGUGCGCUACCUCAACCUUCUUCUCGCUGGCCAUGAGCAGGCUGGUGCGCCUCUUCGGGUCCAGGACGGUCUAUCUGAGCAGCAUGGUGUGUUUCACCAUCUCUGCUCUGGUCAUCUGCUUGUCCAAGAGUGUGUUGUUGGUCACAGCUAUGUCGGCCCUGACUGGCUUUGCCUAUGCAACGCUGCAGACACUGCCUUACACGCUCACCUGCCACUACCACAAAGAGAAAGAGGUGUACAUGCAAAACAGCAAAACCAAAAAAACGCACACAAAUGGAUUUACCAUAACAAGGGAUUCUGUUUGUCUGACACUAGACAAUGGCCCUGGAGAUCUCAACCACAAGAGUGGUGUUUCCAACGGGCAUGCUCCUUACAAUAGAGAUAAACCAGAGUAUUACCCACCUCUGCACAAUCAGAAUGGCCUGGAAUCAGAGGAUUUUGAGAAACGUGGAGUGGGACUAGACUUUGCCAUUCUGGACAGCACCUUCCUUCUGUCUCAGGUCUUCCCUACCCUCUUCAUGGGCAUGAUCGUCCAGUUCACAGAGUCCGUCACCGCGUAUAUCGCCUCCUCUGCCAUAUUUGGUGCAAUUGGCAUCUAUUUUGCCACCCACAUUAUCUUUGACCAAAAGGACCUCAGAAGCUGAAGAAGCAGUAAUCAUGUGAGUCAUUUCACAGUCGACCUUGUACCAAGCAUCAUCUUAAAUGUUACUGACUAAUCUACGGAGCCCCUAAAGGGACAGGGUGAUUGGAGGAAAGCUUAGCAUUCUCUUGCAAAACAUUUGCAUUCUCACAAACGCACAUUUGCAUUUGUGUUCG